AAUCGAUAACAAAGUUCUUGAAGAUAAAUACAGAGAUUCUGUUAAUGUUUUUCAGAAAGAAGAUAUUAACCUCGAAAAAAGAAAGAAACACGCAAUUUCUAAAAAUAAGAAAGUGUCAAUGGCAAUUUCUACAGAUCGUCAUGGACUUUCGUUAACGAAAACAGCAUUACGAUUUAAUGAACAGGAUUUGAAUAUCGAAUGGAAAAAUGGUGGGCUUGGAAAUAUCUUUAAAAAAAUCGGGGUAAGAUUAAAGG